AUGCCUUCUCGCACCAAUGAUGACGUCGCUUCAUCCUCCUCCUCUUCUUCCUCGGUUGCAGGGCCUAGCAAAGCCUCUGGCAGCACACUCCCUCCCAUCCUGCCCCUCUCUGCCUUCCCUAACCCUGGCACCCCCAUUCACGAGAAGCCCAGUGGGUACACCUUCUACAAGGAGGUGCUCAACUCCUCAAAAUACAUCGUCGCACCCAUGGUAUCCGCCUCGGAGCUACCCUGGCGCACACUCUCCCGCAGAUACGGCGCUGACCUCUGCUACAGUCCCAUGAUCAAUUGUCGCUCCUUGGUCGACUCGCUGCAUGGCAAGAGCAAAAAUUCGCGCGCCAAGGCUCUAGAGUGGUUCGAUGUAGACCUCGGUGAAGAGGGCAGUGGAGAGGAUAAGAUGCUGGUGGUUCAGCUGGCAGGAAGCGAUCCCAAGAUUAUCCUCGAGGCGGCAGAACAUGUACAGGACCAUUGUCUUGCUGUAGACCUCAACCUGGGUUGCCCACAACACAUUGCCAAGAGGGGUCACUAUGGUUCCUACCUGCAAGAAGAUUGGCCUCUCAUCUUCAACAUCAUCAACACUCUCCACCUCAACCUGCGCAUCCCCGUCACCGCAAAGAUGAGGGUAUUCGACGAUGUAGAGCGUACAGUCGCCUAUGCCAAGAUGCUACAGCACGCCGGAGCACAAAUUGUCACAGUCCAUGGUCGCACAAGAGAGCAAAAGGGACACAAGACGGGCGUUGCAGACUGGGAAAAGAUUAGAGCUGUCAAGCAAGCACUCGAUGUCCCUGUAUUCGCCAAUGGCAACAUCCUCUACGGAGAAGACCUGCAGAGCGCACUAGACAAGACGGGCGCAGAUGGAGUCAUGAGCGCAGAGGGGAAUCUGUACAACCCAACCAUCUUCUCCACCAGUGACCUCAGGGAAAAACUCCCCACCCACCUCUUCCCACAUCGCACAGACGGGCCAGAGCCGAAUCCAGAGUGGGCCCCCUUCCCUUACAUUCCCGCCAUCGCCCACGCCUAUCUGGACGAAGUGGUGCAGUGCAAGACUCGCACAGAGCCAGGAGCGGUCAAGGGUCAUAUUUUCAAGAUUUGCAGACCGGCACUUGAGAGACAUACCGACAUUCGAGCGAACAUUGGGAAGGCCAAAUUGCUGCAUCUGGAAGAGGGACAGGAUCGGGGAGUGGUUGUGAAGGAGUAUCGCGAGGCAAUGGAUCUGCUGGACGAGAGGUUGAUGGUCGAUCGCAAAGACUCUACCUUCUCCUCGGCCCCAACCGGCACAUCCAAACACAUCCCACCAUCAGAACAGCGCUACCUCCCUCAUUGGCUCUGCCAGCCUUACUUCCGUCCUCCACUUGCCGAGCCCGCUGCAGAGGCGAAGCAAGCCAAGGGUGUGAAGGAGGUGGGCGCUACUGGAGCUGCCUCUGGAGAUGGAACCGCUGGAGCUGGAGCUGUCCCUGUCAAGUCCAACGGAAUGGUAGAUCCAGCUGACGUGCAGACCGAGGGGGAAAAGAGGGUCAUGAUGGACGAGAACGAGGAAGCAGACCAAGGUGGCAAUGAUGCUAAGCGGAUACGUGUACGUUGA